AUGACGGUAUGCUCAGUUUCUGUUAUAAUGAAGGACCAUUCAAGUCAGCAUGAUACUAUUGAAUCUGUAAGGCUCAUUUCAGGCAGCAAGUUAAAUGUAUCCAUACUUCAAGUAACUGCUCCAUGUUUGCACCACGACGUCGCAUUGCGCCAAUUGCAGGAAAGUCAGGAAGCAAACGCUCAAUUGGAGAAGGAGAACGCUGUUGAUGUUGCGAAGAUAGAACAGCUGAUGGAGCACAUUGACUUUCGGCCCUCAGACUACGAGUGA